UAAGUGUUGGAGAGGGGAGUUGUGUGGCAAUCGGCGUCUCGCGUGGGACCAUUGAUAUGUUUUUUUGUACCCUCCCCUCGUAAUUCCUGGAUUAAUUAAGAAGGCAAGAAGAAACCUACAUAAACAAGAAAUAAGGAAACAAGACAAGAUUGAAAAGCUUUAAGAUGAAUAAUUUAACGAUGAAUACCAUCAAGCAGGUGCCUGCAAGGGUUUUGAGCCGGAGAUCUGGAAACAGUUUGGAAGCGGAAAGGGAGCAUUUUGACAGGCAGCAGUGCACCAGCAUCAGCAAGGCAAUCAACAACAGUGAAGUUCCAGUCAAGGAAAAACAUGCACGCAGAAUUAUUCUGGGAACUCACCACGAGAAAGGUGCAUUUACAUUUUGGUCCUACGCCAUUGGCCUUCCCUUACCUAGCAGUUCCAUCCUAAGCUGGAAGUUUUGCCACGUUCUACACAAAGUCCUAAGGGAUGGACACCCCAAUGUUCUGCAAGACUGCUUGAGACACCAAAGCAACAUAAAAGAAAUUGGAAGUUUAUGGAGUCAUAUGCACGAUCGAUAUGGGCAGCUUGUAUCGCUGUACACCACUCUUCUAAUAACUAAGAUGAAUUUUCAUAGAAAGCACACAGAAUUCCCAUCAAACCUGGAAGUAUCUGAUGAUGGCCUUGAGAAAGCAGCUGGUACAGAUGUCAAUAAUAUUUUUCAGUUGACUGUAGAAAUGUUUGAUUAUCUGGGAUGUGAGCUCAAGCUGGCAGAGUCUGUUUUCCGACAGCUCAACACCUCAGUGGCCGUGUCUCAGACAGCAGCAGGCCAGUGCCGGCUGGCACCACUGAUUCAGGUGAUCCAGGACUGCAGCAACUUGUAUCAUUACAUUGUGAAGCUCCUCUUCAAACUACACUCCUGUUUGCCUGCAGAAACCUUACAGGGCCACCGGGACAGAUUUCAUGAUCAAUUUCACAGCCUUAAAAAUUUCUUUAAUCGCGCUAGAGACCUGCUGUACUUUAAGAGGCUAAUACAGAUCCCAAAGUUGCCAGAGAGUCCACCUAAUUUCCUCAGAGCUUCAGCUCUGGCAGAGCAUGUUAAGCCUGUGGUUGUGAUCCCUGAUGAAGAAGCCCCAGAAGAAGAAGAACCAGAAUCUUUGAUUGAAGUCAGUACAGCUCCUCAAACAGAACAGCAGAAUAUCGUUGACAUAUUUGACCAAACAUUUGGGCCUCCUAAUGGAUUUGUACAAGAUGAUAGAGACAUUCAGAUAGAUAACCUGAAAAAGGAAGUGGAGCUGCUUCGUGCUGAACUGGAGAGGAUCAAAUCAGAGGCUCAGAGGUAUAUUACACAGCUUAAGGCCCAAAUUAAUACCUUGGAAGCUGAGCUUGAAGAUCAAAGAAAGCAGAAACAGAAAGCUCUUGUCGACAAUGAGCAGCUCAGGAUAGAGCUUGAGAACUUGCGACAGCAAAAACUGGAGACGGAGAAUGCUCAGGGUCAGCUGGCCGAAGCAGAAAGAAAGGCCCAGGCUACAGAGCUGCGCUAUAACAAGCUGAAGGAGAAGCACAGCCAGUUGGUCAACAACCAUGCCGAACUCCUAAGGAAGAAUGCUGAUACAGCAAAGAUGUUAACAGUGACACAGCAAACGCAAGAAGAUGUGGCACGGACAAAGCAGCAACUAGCGUUUGAAAUGGAGCAGAUUAAACAGGAGUCUGAAAUGAAGCUUGAAGAACAAAGCCUUCAAAUGGAAAAUCUUCAAAGAGAAUUGGCCAAAAGUAGAGAAGAACUAUCUAUUAUUCGUAGUAAUCUACAAAGUACAGAAAAGUCGGGGGAAACGCUGAACAAGACCCUGCAGACUUUGCAGGUAGAGAAGGACACACUACGUAAAACCCUUUCAGAGCGGGAUGUGGAGCUGUCUUCUCUGAAGGAUGCCAUACAACAAAAGGACGUUUCACUUCAGCAGGAGAGGGAGCGGGGCUGCAGGGAGAGGGAGCAGCUACAAGGCAAGCUCAAGGACAAGUCAAUGAAGGAAGAACUACUUCAGCAGCGCCUUCUAGAUGAACAAUUUAAAUUGCUUCAGCAAACUGUGAAGGAAGCAGAAAACAUCAUCCAAGAUGCUGUGACUAGGUUAGAUGAUCCUCUGCACAUUCGUUGUACCAGCUCUCCAGAUUAUCUUGUCAGCAGAGCAGAAGCCACCCUGGACUCAAUCACAUCUGUACAGCAAGGACAUGUCGAAUACUUAAAGAACGAAGCAGAUGCCGGAACUCUGGUCAGACCGCUUACCCAGUUUGCUCACUUGACCGCGGAUACAAUAAUGAAUGCAAGCGCAACUGCACACACUGCACCGCUAAACCAUGCAGACAGUCUCACAGAGAAUUGCAGAGACUGUGCCAAAAACUGUUUCGAGUUUCUGGAGGACCUGAAGACUAAGAAGUCUUUGAAGCAUGCAAACCCAUCAGCAGUGAAAGCUGCUGUGCAGAACAUUUUGCAGUUGGGCCAGGAACUACGGCCCAAAAAUCUGGAUAUCCGACAAGAAGAACUUGGAGAUAUGGUGGACAAGGAGAUGGCUGCAACAUCAGCUGCCAUUGAAGAUGCAGUGAGAAGGAUUGAAGAAAUGAUGAACCAGGCUAGGAAAGGGAGUUCUGGAGUUAAACUAGAGGUCAAUGAAAGAAUUCUCAACUCCUGUACAGAUUUAAUGAAGGCAAUCCGUCUGCUUGUCAUGGCAUCAACAGACCUACAGAGGGAAAUAGUUGAGAGUGGAAGGGGGGCAGCAACACCAAAGGAGUUCUAUGCAAAGAAUUCCCGCUGGACAGAAGGCCUGAUUUCUGCGUCAAAAGCAGUAGGCUGGGGAGCAACGCAGAUGGUGGAGUCUGCUGAUAAAGUAGUGCUGCACACCGGCAAGUAUGAGGAGCUUAUUGUAUGUUCCCAUGAAAUCGCUGCAAGUACAGCUCAACUUGUUGCUGCGUCUAAGGUAAAGGCUGAUAAGAACAGUAACAACCUGUCAAGGCUUCAGCAGGCCUCACGCCACGUCAAUGAAAUGGCAGCCAAUGUGGUGGCUUCAACAAAAUCUGGGCAGGAACAGAUUGAGGAUAAAGACACCAUGGAUUUCUCUGGAAUGUCUCUUAUUAAACUGCGAAAAGAAGAGAUGGAGUCCCAGGUUAAGGUACUGGAGCUGGAAAGCAAGCUGGAAAAUGAGCGAAUGCGUCUGGGUGAACUGAGGAAGAAGCACUAUGAGCUGGCCGGAGGGCUAGAGGACAUGCCCACCGUGGAGCAGCCAAUCAAGACCGCUUCACCCGCUUCAGUGUGGAUGAGGCCCGGCAGCCUGAAGAAGCCUCCAGUUGCUCAGAAACCAACAGUGCCUCCAAAAUCCAACAAUCCGUUAAAUACAAGUGAUGGAGUCUACAAGGCCCAGUUAAUAGACUUUUAAACGCUUUUGCCAAUUUGGACUGAGGGUUUUUUGUGCGUCUUUGGGUGCAUCCAACUUGAGGUAUGUGGGUGCCUUGGCAGGGUCUCGGAACUUAAUGGGAACUCCUAAAAUGAGGCUUUAUGAUCCUUAACUGGCAAUAUAUUUUAUAAACAGUUGAACACUCUACCUAGGACUGCAUAAAGCACAACUACCAUGUAGCACAUACAACUGCAGAGCAAUAUGGUUUUUCUUAAUCACUGGUUUUUAAAUCUCAGAAACCAUUUUAAUUGAUUUUUGUUUCUUGAUUUUAAAGAUCAAUCUUGGCUAUGACUGUGGAUUGUGCGUAUAGUGUCUGUCUUCUCUGCAUUUCUAUAUAAGGAGUUAAAUGCGGUGCUUCCAUAUUAAUUUCAAAAGCCCUCUGCCUUUAUUUUAAAUAAAUCUAACAAAUAAUGUUAGGCCUUUUUACCUUUUUUAUGGUAGCAAUAACUUUAAAUGUAUUUGAAAACACUUGAUGAACACAAAUGUAUUAAAUGUCACCAUCUGCUGAGAUUUCUGCUUGUUUCAGUAAGAAAAUUAGCACACAUUUGGGUUUGUUUUGUAUAGAAAUGCCUAAUGAAGUUGCUUCCAAGUUAUUUAUUACUCUGAUUUUUAACUGCACUGAUCACCCACUGUCUGUACAUCUGUCUGUAAUUUUCAUAGGACAAUUUUAUGUAUAAAUAAAGGUAAAGUCUUUAGUA